UUUCAAGAACACGGAACCAGGAAACCAAACUCGUAUUUCAGGAUUUAUCCUUCUUGGACUCUCAGAAGAAGCAGUACUGCAGCCCUUCCUCUUUGGGCUAUUCCUGUGGAUGUACCUGGUUGCCUUCAUGGGGAACCUGCUCAUCAUUCUAGUCAUUAUCACUGACUCCCAUCUCCACACACCCAUGUACUUCUUCCUCUCCAACCUGUCCUUUGUAGACAUCUGUUUCACCUCCACCACCAUCCCUAACAUGCUGCUGAACAUCCAGACAAAAAGCAAAGUCAUAACCUAUAAAGCCUGCCUCAGCCAGAUGUAUUUUUUCAUGCUUUUUGGAGGAUUAGACAACUUCCUCUUGACCGUGAUGGCCUAUGACAGAUUUGUGGCCAUCUGUCACCCCCUGCACUACACAGUCAUCAUGAAUUCCAAGUUCUGUGGCAUCCUGCUUCUGUCUUCCUGGUUACUGAGUGUUCUGAACUCUUUACUACAGAGCUUAACUGUUUUGCAGCUCUCCUUUUGUACAGAGUUGGAAAUCCCCCACUUUUUCUGUGAACUUAAUCAGGUGGUCCAACUUGCUUGUUCAGAUAAUUUCCUCAAUGACCUAGUGUUGUAUUUGGCAAUGGGACUACUCUGUGUUAUUCCACUCACUGGUAUCCUUUUCUCAUACUCUAAGAUUGGAGCCUCUGUUUUGAGAAUUUCAUCAGCUGGGGGCAAGUAUAAAGCAUUUUCCACAUGUGGGUCUCACCUCUCAGUUGUCUCCUUGUUCUAUGGUACAGGUCUGGGAGUGUAUCUUAGUUCUGCUGCUACCCAAGACUCCAGGGCAAGUGCCAUAGCCUCAGUGAUGUACACUGUGGUCACACCCAUGCUAAACCCCUUUAUCUACAGUCUUAGAAACACAGACAUGAAGCAAGCCCUAAUAAAACUCUUCCGCUAA